AUGCAGCCCCCUGCGCUUUUACCAAAUGCUUCGUUCUACAUGGAUCCACCGGAGGAGCCCCCUCUGUCACGAGCGGGCUUCAUCGUACUCUCCGUCAUCAUGGCCUUUUUUACUAUUCCUGCCAUUGUGCUGAACGGUACAGUGAUCAUCGUGUCCCUCAUGCACAAGCAGCUGAGGCAGCCGCUCAACUACGCUCUGGUGAACAUGGCCGCAGCCGACUUGGGCACAGCGAUGACCGGGGGGGUGCUGUCGGUGGUCAACAACGCCCAGGGGUACUUCUCUCUGGGCAGGACAGGCUGUGUGAUGGAGGGCUUCACUGUGUCCUUGUGUGGCAUCACAUCCCUGUGCACAGUGGCUCUGAUUGCAGUGGAGAGGAUGUUUGUGGUGUGCAAGCCUCUGGGACAAGUAACCUUCCAAAAGAAGCAUGCCAUCGGAGGUAUAGUCUUGUCUUGGCUCUGGUCUCUUGCCUGGAACUUGCCCCCACUCUUCGGCUGGGGCAGGUACGAUCUGGAGGGUGUCGGGACGUCCUGCGCACCAGACUGGCACAACACAGACCCCAACAAUGUCUCCUACCUCAUUGCUUACUUUGCUGUGUGUUUUGCCUUUCCUCUCACUCUGAUCCUGGUCUCAUAUGCAAAACUUCUCUGGACGUUACACCAGGUUUCAAAGAUGGCCUGUGUGGAAGGUGGAGCAGUAGCUAAAGGGGAGAUGAAGGUGGCGUCCAUGGUGAUUCUGAUGGUGCUGUCCUUCCUGGCAGCCUGGCUGCCGUACGCCGGUCUGGCCAUGUUUGUAGUCUGCAGACCUGAUGCAAAGAUUCAUCCGCUGGUGGGCACGCUGCCGGUUUACCUGGCAAAAAGCAGCACUGCGUACAAUCCCAUCAUCUAUAUCUUGCUCAACAAACAGUUUCGUAAGUACGCGGUUCCCUUCCUGCUUUGCGGGAAGGAGUUGGUGGAGGAAGACGAGGCGUCAGAGGCAACAACCACCGUGGAGGCCAUGUCUACAAAUAAAGUGGCUCCCAGUUGA